ACCAACACCAGCUUGCAACAGACCGCAAUGUCUCGUCUUCAGCUGUUGAAGAAGUUCGCGCAAGUUGUAACUUUGCAGGUGCAACAAUCGCGAACUUUCCAGGGAAGUGCACAGUGUUUUAGAAAAUUCAAUGCUCCUCUCUCUGGUAAUGAUUUAGCUCGGCCAGCGGGCAUUGCGUCGAUGAUGCGUUUGCCCGUACAGGAAACCUCCGAAGAUUUGGAUGUGUGUUUUGUUGGGGUGCCUCUGGAUGCAGGGACAUCAAAUCGAUCUGGGACCAGAUUUGGACCACGCCAGAUCCGGUCAGAAUCCUGUAUUAUCAGACAUGUGAACAAUGCCACUGGAGCUCAGCCCUUUGAUUCAAUACAAGUGGCAGAUGUCGGAGAUGUCUGGAUGAAUAUCUACAACUUACCAGAGGCUUGUAAGAAUAUAAAAGAUGGAUUCACAAAGUUGAUGAGCACUGGCUGUAAGACUUUGGCAGUGGGAGGAGAUCACACCAUAACAUGGCCUAUACUUCAAGCUGUCAAGGAAAAGCAUGGCCCCGUUGGCUUAAUACACGUGGAUGCACAUGCAGACACACAAGAAGCAAUGCUAGGUGCCCCUAUUGCGCAUGGUACGCCUUUCAAACGAGCUGCAGAUGAUGGAUGUCUCGACUGCCAGCGUGUGGUGCAGAUUGGCCUGCGCGGCACGUGUGGAACGUUACAAGAUUACAAGUGGGGAGAGAGCAAGGGAUUCCGGAUAGUCCAGGCACACGAAUGUUGGCACAAGUCACUCGCCCCUCUAAUGGAGGAGGUGAGAGAGAUGAUGAGGGAUGGCCCUGUCUACAUCAGUUUUGAUAUUGAUGGCAUUGACCCUGCCUUUGCUCCUGGAACAGGCACUCCAGAGAUAGCAGGUCUGACCCCAAUCCAGGCACUGGAGAUCAUACGUGGUUGCCGUGGGCUCAACAUUGUAGGGGGAGACUUGGUGGAGGUGUCCCCACCUUAUGAUACAACAGGCAAUACAGCCUUACUGGCAGCUAAUCUGCUGUUUGAGAUGCUGUGUGUGUUCCCUGGUGUGAAGUAUGCUGAUGUAUAGACACUACUGACUGCAGUUUUUUUUUUCCACCUGGGACACAGGAAUCAUUCCCAGACCUAUCGUACUAACUGUGGAUCAAUCUAUCUCCAGGGGGAUUAUCGCUAAAUUGUACUCAACUUAAGUGGCUUAGCUGUCUGUCAUGCCUACUGAAGCUGUUAAGGAGUAAUUAAGUAUUGUUUAGCAGAUUUUGUAGGUGUGCAAAUCAUCCAAGCCAUUUAAGCUGAAAGCAGUUUAGCAAGAACUUGGAGAUGGAUCGAUCCUGUUAGAUUGAUCUAGGUAUGAGAAGUCAGCCAUAGACAAGCAAGGGUAUAUUUUAAUUAGUAGUUAUUAUUAUCUUAUUAAUCUUCUAAUGUACUGUAAACUGGUGCCAUUUCUGCUGCAGGGUUUGUCAGGUCUAGACUUAAAACUUGUUUUUUAGGGAGCCUGUUAAAAUAAUAUUUCUCAGGAAAAAACAUUUUCAUUUUGUGUGCAUACAGCCAAAGGAAAACCAAAAUUGUAUUGUAUUCUAGUCUGUGUUAAGACAACAAGAUACCUUAGGAAAUAACCCAAAGAAAAACAACCGAAGUUGACUAACUUUGUUUACUACCAAUGCGACAAAUGCAUAGUAUUACACAUGUAUCAUAUAUGGAACCAUGUUCCAAAUGUAUUUAUUUAUUUUCUUACUUAUUUAUUUAUUUUAUUAUUUAUUUUACUUCUUAUGUUUAAAAUACAUGUGGACUCUACAUCAAAUGAAUGCAUAACCAUGAUGGAUAGAAAACAUAACACAUGCUGUUUUUAAUAGUAAAUUUAUUCCAAGCAUUUUAUAAAAUGUGAAACAAUGUAUUAACAAAACAGUCAAGUGAGUACUGCUGUCAAAUUUUAUUUGUAUAUUUUAAUUGCGUAUAAAAUUAUAGAAAAAAUUUGAUGAAAAGUACUUGCACGUCAAUUGCACAUCAAGUUGGAAGCAAUGAAACAGUUGAUAUUGUUUUCAAAAUUAUGUAUUCUCCAGUUUAGUAAGGAGAUUUUUAUAUUAUAAAAAUAGGCAAUAGGCGGGAUAUUGUUUAAAAUAUUGUUUAUAAUACAAAGCUGCAACUGCCCAUGUGGGAUUAUGUACUCAAACAUGCAAUAAAAUAACAUAGCUGUUA